AUGGAGCCUUACGACGACGGUUUUAUCGAGGAGCAGGAGGAACAGGAGGAAGAGAGAAAUGAGGAGAAGAUUAUCAACGAAGAGUACAAAACAUGGAAGAAAAAUGCGCCUUUCCUCUACGACAUGAUCCUGAGCACUGCCUUGGAAUGGCCCACUCUCACGACUCAGUGGCUUCCCGAUAAACAAGAGAUCCCGGACAAGCCUUAUUCGACUCAUCGCUUACUGCUUGGAACUCACACAUCGAAUGACGCAAAGAACUAUUUACAAAUUGCGCAUGUUCAAUUACCCAACCCUAAUCAUCCAGAAGCAGACGAUUAUGACGAGGAGCGCGGGGAGAUCGGUGGCUACGGCGGUAAUUCAAAGAAGAACGCCGUGGAAGUGAAGUUCAAUAUUGUCCAAAAGAUCGACCACAAGGGAGAAGUAAAUAAAGCGAGAUACCAACCUCAGAAUCCAAACAUCAUUGCCACGAUGUGUACGGAUGGUAGGGUCAUGAUAUGGGAUCGGUCUAAGCAUCCCCUGCACCCCACUGGAACCGUCAAUCCCCAGUUGGAGCUUUUGGGUCACACAAAGGAAGGCUUUGGACUUAGCUGGAGUCCGCAUGUAGAGGGGAAGUUGGUGACUGGAAGUGAAGACAAGACCGUCCGGCUUUGGGACAUGCAAACAUACACCAAAGGGAAUAAAGCAUUGAAACCAACAAGCACCUACACACAUCAUUCCUCUAUCGUGAACGAUGUUCAAUAUCAUCCUCUCCACUCCUCCCUCAUCGGCACAGUAUCGGACGACAUUACGCUUCAGAUUAUCGACAUCCGAUCUCCCGACACAUCAAAGGCAGCAGCUACCGCAGAGGGCCAACAUCGCGAUGCUAUUAAUGCGAUCGCCUUCAAUCCCGCUGCAGAAACAAUCCUGGCUACUGGUUCUGCGGAUAAAUCUAUAGGCUUAUGGGAUCUCCGCAACUUGAAAUCUAAAUUGCAUGCCCUUGAAUGCCAUACAGAAUCGGUCACCUCGGUUUCGUGGCAUCCGUUCGAGGAAUCUGUAUUGGCUAGUGCCAGCUAUGAUCGCAAGAUCAUGUUCUGGGAUGUCAGCAGAGCCGGCGAAGAACAGACUCCCGAGGAUGCCCAAGAUGGUCCGCCUGAGUUGUUGUUCAUGCACGGUGGCCAUACGAACCGAAUUUCCGACUUCAGCUGGAACUUGAGUGACCCGUGGGUGCUUUGCUCUGCUGCAGAAGACAAUCUGAUGCAAGUAUGGAAGGUCUCGGACGCGAUUGUCGGCAAAGAUCUGGGAGAUGUCCCGACGGAGGAGCUGGAGGCAUGA